AGUCCUCUACUUUCCUGUCAUUUACUAUCGAUUAUCAUUUUCGUUUGUGGGCAGCAUUCCUUCUCGAAACUUCCAACUGAAAGGUUGUAGUAGCUGCCGUUUUCUCCAGCGCUUUGGACAAAUUUAGAAUAUAUUUUUUAUUCGACAUAACCGAUUAAGUCUGGCUUUCGGUCGAACUCUAAAAAAGCUAACCAUGAAUUUGCCACGCGUUUAUUUCGAUAUUGCGGCCGGCGGGGAAAAGCUUGGGCGCAUUGUUAUGGAACUGCGUACGGAUGUUGUACCGAAGACUGCCGAAAAUUUCCGUGCCUUGUGCACUGGGGAGAAGGGCUACGGGUACAAGGGCAGCCCAUUUCACCGUAUUAUUCCGAACUUCAUGUGCCAAGGCGGAGACUUCACCAAUGAAAACGGCACUGGCGGACGUUCGAUCUACGGGAACAAAUUUGCUGACGAGAACUUUGAUUUAAAGCAUACCGGCCCCGGAGUGCUUUCAAUGGCCAAUUCUGGACCCAAUACCAAUGGAUCUCAGUUCUUUAUUUGCACGGAGAAGACCAGUUGGUUGGACAACAAACACGUGGUGUUUGGUAGAGUUGUGGAAGGCAUGGAAAUCGUGCAGAAAGUCGAGUCUUAUGGGUCGAACAGCGGCAAGACAUCUAAGAAGAUCUUUAUCGAAGAUUGUGGAGCCUUGUAGACAUUUUUAAAAUUUGCAUUUUGCCAUUUCCAUUUGUACACUUUUUUACAUUUAAAUCAAUGCAUUUAGAGACAUGAGCUUCCUUUUCAAAUCACACACAUACAUAAAUUCUGUUUGACGGAAAAUAUGAACAUGAACAUGCAUUCCAUAUUGAAGUUUGAAAAAUAUUACCAAAGCAUCUGAUGAAAAUAAAUAAGCACAUAUGUUAUUGCUGCAGUA